AUUAACUAUGUGGUAAAGUGUUCCUUCUUUACUUUCCCGUUGGCCGUAUUACACAUGUCUGAAUGGCUAACGUGUUCAUUCUUUCUCAUCCGCAGCGCACCGAGAUCAAGAAAGCAGCUGAUGAGAGCCAGUCUAUUCUGGAGAACACACCGGUUGGAAAAGGCAAUGAUGAUGGUUCACUACGAGCAUUCCUCAAGGUACAUAUCGCAUUCACUAUGAGAGCCAGUCUAUGUUGCGGAGUUUGAUAUCUUCCACACUUGUUCAUGUUACAACGUCAGGCCAGGAAGUUAAGGCGGUUAUCGAAUCUUCUCGGUUGCCGUGAUCCCGAAUUUGAUGAACCAUCUGCCUCCAGGUCUGGUACACCAUCAGACCCCUCAUCUCACCAUCAGGGGGACGAUGUGAGUUCCUCAUAUGCUUAUCUGGAUGAUGAGGGUGCGGUCACCCAAGAGGGCCAUGACAUUGAUGAUGACAUGACUUUGGCGGACGCUCAACUUCGGUCCCCAUAUGUGUUCAAGCCUAGGCAGCCCAGACGCCGGUACACGCCCAACGACUUUGACAACAGAGGCAACCCAAAGGUGGUCGUAGGGACCUCGCGGAUGGCUAGCUUGGAUCAUGAGGCGGAGGCGGAGGCGGAGGAGGAAGUGCAGGAAGAGGAGGCUCGUCCACCCAGGAAGAAGAAGAUUGCCUCCAGGCGUGGCACCAGGAACACGCGCGGAAAGCAUUAGUGCUUAUGUUUUUUAGUGCUC